CUCUGUUUUGUUUUUUGUUGUUGUUUUUACCUUGUCAUAAUUAAACAAACGGUACCGCAGUUCAGCAAACACCGCUUGCAGCCGAUUUCGUAGAUUGUUUUGCAACAUUACCGAUAAAAGUAUUAUUAAAACAUUAAAACGAAAUAAGUCUAAACUCAAGCCAUGUCGAAACUGAAACUGGCCGCAAAUUUGUCCAUGCUUUUCACUGAUUUACCCAAUUUAUCCGACCGUUUCUUGGCUGCCAAAGAAGCUGGUUUUCGAUACACAGAAUGUGCUUUUCCUUACAGCGAAGAUAUAAGUGUAUUAAAAGCGGCGAAAGAAAAGUCUGGGGUUGAACACGUUCUUAUCAACUCCUGGCCUGGUGAUUUGGCCAAUGGACAACUUGGUAUAGCAGCAUUGACAAAUGAACGAAAGACAUUCCAUGAUAAACUGGAACUUACCAUUGAAUAUGCCAAGGCACUCGACUGCAAACGAGUUCAUAUUAUGGCUGCUAAACUGCCUAAAUAUUCUGAUAGUGCCAUAGAAGAAACUUUCAUGGAUAACCUACGUUAUGCUGCAGACCGAUUGAUGAAGGAACAAAUCAUGGGAUUGAUUGAACCAAUAAAUUCUCGCUUAAGUGUCCCUAAAUAUUUCCUUGAUGAUCCCCAUAAAGCUUUGAAAUACGUCAAGGUACUGGAUCAUCCAAAUUUGAAGUUGCAGUUUGAUUUCUUCCAUGUCCAGAUUAUGGAUGGAAAUCUUACAGCCAACUUCAAAGACUUCCUGCCUUACAUAGGUCACAUACAGAUAUCUCAAGUUCCUAACCGUGGUGAACCAAACACUGAUGGAGAAAUCAACUACAAUUAUAUUUUUAAGAUGUUGCAAUCCUCAAAUUACAAUGGUUACAUUGGUCUCGAGUAUAAUCCUGUUGGUAACACUCGUGAUGGACUCAGUUGGAUUCAACAAAUGGGACUGCAAUUAUAAGAUACCAUUUAUUUUCAUAUUAAUUAACCAGAGGGCUCCUGAUUAGUGUAUGUACAUUUUUAUUGAUAAUAUAUAUUAUCUGCAUUUUAAUAAUUUAAAACAAAGAUAAUUGUAUUAGUUUUGUUAUACCUAUAAACUGGAAAGUUAAAUAUUAUUAACUUUUGUAUUAAGAAUAUUUUUUUACAAGACACUACAAAAGUAUAUUUUUCUAUUUGAGCUUCAGAGAUAAACAUUAUGUAAUGCUAUACCUUUUCAUUGUUAUAAUGGGACAAUGUAUCCAUUUUUUUCUAAUGAAAGUCUAAGCAGAAAUGAAUAAAUUUUUACGAAAUGCAGGAAG